AUGGCGGGCAACACCGGUGCUCCGGCCCAUGCCCAGUCCUCCUUACCCUCACUACCCGCACAUCUCCAGUCCGAUACUCAUCUGACAGCACACCUCGCCAGCCGCUUCCAUGUCGGCUUACCAACUGCACGCCUCUCGUCCCAGGCAUUGAUCUCGCUUAAUACAUACAACUCGGCAUCUAAGGGUCCGGAUGGCGCGAAGGAAGGCAGUGCCGCUGGAGAGGCCGAGGAUCUCGCGCGCCGCGCUUUCACUCGGCUGGGAGCGCGCGCGGAGAACCAGGCGGUGGUGUUCUUAGGAGAGAGUGGAUCCGGUAAAACCACCAUUCGCUCACACCUGCUAUCAUCUUUCCUGUCCUUUUCGUCAACUCCGCUCUCCUCUAAACUCUCAUAUGCCGCUUUUGUUUUCGAUACCCUCACUACCACCAAGUCCGUGACCACCCCGACUGCUUCCAAGGCCGGUCUUUUCCUCGAAUUGCAGUACGAUGGCUCCUCCUCCCUGAACCCCACCCUGAUCGGUGGGAAGAUCAUCGAUUACCGAUUGGAGCGUAGCCGUCUCUCUUCCGUGCCCACUGGUGAACGCAGCUUCCACGUGCUCUACUACCUUCUAGCUGGUACCAGUUCUGCCGAAAAGACUCACCUCGGACUUGACAACGCCAUUCAUGUUCAGACAAGGGGUGGUGGCUUAUCCUCUGGAACGAUCAACCACAAGCGAUGGCGCUAUCUCGGCCACCCGACACAGCUGAAAGUUGGUGUCAACGACGGGGAGGGUUUCCAGCAUUUCAAGACGGCUCUGCGUAAGCUUGAGUUCUCGCGUGGCGAGAUUGCCGAAAUCUGCCAGGUUCUAGCCAGUAUCCUUCACAUUGGACAGCUGGACUUUACAUCUGGACAAUCCACUACCACGGGUGCCGAGGAGAGCGGUGGUUACUCCCACGAGGGUGGUGAAAUGGUGACGGUAGUUAAGAACAAGCAGGCUCUUGAAACAAUUGCUGCGUUCCUGGGUCUCAGUGUGGGUUCCCUGGAGAACAGCCUCGGCUACAAGACCAAGACCAUCCAUCGCGAGCGCGUCACGGUCAUGCUAGAUCCCAAGGGUGCUAGAGAAAAUGCUGAUGCUUUUGCACGCACUCUCUAUUCGCUUCUGGUCACUUGGGUGAUUGAGAAUGUGAACCAGAAGAUCUGCGCUGCCGAGGAUAGCGUGGCCAACACCAUUUCCAUCGUCGACUUCCCCGGUUUCGCUCAGUCCUCAGCGACGGGCUCGACACUAGAUCAGCUGCUGAGCAAUGUAGCAACUGAGUCUCUCUAUAACUACUGCCUGCAGUCCUUCUUCGACCACAAGGCCGAUGUUCUAGACCGCGAGGAGAUUUCAGUCGCUGCGACCUCUUAUUUCGAUAACGUUGACACUGUUCGCGGCCUCUUAAAGCAUGGCAACGGUCUUUUGAGCAUCCUGGACGACCAGACGCGCCGUGGGCGAUCCGACGCCCAAUUCCUUGAAGGUGUCCACAAGAGGUUUGACGGCAAGAACCCGGCCAUCUCAGUCGAUUCCGCUGGCGCGACCAGCACUGGCUACGUUUCACAGGCUCGCUCGGCAUUCACCAUCAAGCAUUUUGCCGGUGAGGUGGACUACUCUGUCCACGGCCUGAUUGAGGAGAAUGGAGAGGUUGUUUCGGGCGAUUUGAUGAACUUGAUGAAAUCUACCCAGAGUGACUUUGUUCGUGAUCUAUUUGGUCAAGAGGCAUUGCAGACUAUUUCCCACCCGCAAGAGAAGACGGCCAUUAUGCAGGCGCAGGUCUCUUCGAAGCCCAUGCGUAUGCCUAGUAUGGCCAGACGCAAGUUCGACCAGCAAGCCCGCCUUGCUGCUUCCCGUGCCGAUAGCGAAGAGACAGAGGACCACGAUAGCCAGCCAGCCAGCUCUAAGCGCGGCGCAGGGAAUAGAAAGAGUGGUAUGAUGGGUCCUUCGCAGGGAGCAGCUGGCCAGUUCCUGUCCGGGCUCGACAUCACUAACAAGUGCCUAAGUGCACCAAACCUGAACCCUUACUUUGUCAUCUGUCUUAAGCCCAAUGACCGGCGUAUCGCAAACCAGUUUGACAGCAAAUGUGUGCGUAUGCAAGUUCAAACUUUCGGCAUCGCCGAGAUCAGUCAACGUCUGAGAAACGCCGACUUCAGCGUCUUCCUUCCAUUCGCAGAGUUCCUGGGUCUGGCAGAUAUUGGAAAUGUCGUGGUCGGCAGUGACAAGGAAAAGUCCGAGGUUGUCUUGGACGAGCGACGAUGGCCCGGCAAUGAGGCCCGUGUGGGAAGCACAGGUGUAUUCUUGAGUGAGCGGUGCUGGGCAGAUCUCGCCAAAGUUGGAGAGCGUGUAGUCCCAUCCUACGGACUUCUCGGUUCCGACGAGGGCGAACUCAACGCCAGCGGCAACCCGGAUGCCAAGGUUCGUCUGCUCAACCCGGCUAGUCAAUCCCCUGGCGCUUUCAUUUAUGGAGAUGAAACGAAACAAGGGUACUUUGGCAACCGCGAGCUGGAUGGACGCUCUGAAGCAGGUGCUUCUGCCUUCAACUCGGGUGACAUGUUCCGAAACUUCGAGACGAAAGAGCAGAUGCUGGAGAAGAAUAAUGAGAAGAAAAUGGAGGAGGUGGAUGAGAUCCCAAUUUCAGGCUCUCGCAAACGCUGGAUGGCACUGGUCUAUCUUUUAACUUGGUUCAUCCCAGACAUCCUCAUUAAACUCGUUGGUCGCAUGAAACGCAAGGACGUCCGGGUGGCCUGGCGUGAGAAGCUUGCAAUCAACAUGAUUAUCUGGUUUUCUUGUGGUGUCGCCAUUUUCAUGAUCGUUGCCUUCCCCGGAUUGGUCUGUCCGACUCAGGAUGUGUUCUCUAAAGGAGAACUCACCACGCAUAAUGGAAAGAAUGGAGCGGACGAGCUCAUCGCUAUUCGUGGUGUAAUCUUCCGUCUAGGCGAUUUCUCGCCCACUCACUACCCCGAUAUCGUUCCGCAGAAGUCGCUCAAGGCCUACGCUGGAACUGACGCGACCAACCUCUUCCCUGUCCAGGUUUCGGCCCUGUGCCAGGGUGUCGACGGUAGUGUCAACCCCGCUGUUCCUCUGGAUUACCGUUCCAACCUGAAUACCUCCACGGAGACCACAAGUUCAACGAGUUUCGAUAUCAACGCCAAAUACCACGACUUCCGUUACUGGACAGGGGACUACCGACCGGAUUGGUUCUACGAGCAGAUGGUCAUGAUGCGUGCCAAUUUCAAAAAGGGUUACAUCGGCUACACUCCCACCUACAUCAGCACACUGGCGUCGGACGGUGACAGCAUUGUCAGUAUCAAUGGGAAGGUCUAUGAUAUGACUUACUAUAUCGCGGGACCCCGUGUGGCGCGUGAGCCAGCUGGCAAAAACGUUUCCACCAGCAGCAUCAAUACGGACUACAUGAGUCCUCUCCUAGUUCAGCUAUUUCAACAAAAGUCUGGCUCCGACGUCACUGAUCUUUUCAACAAUCUCGAUUUAUCCACGGAUCUGCGCGACCGGAUGCAGCUGUGUCUUGACAACUUGUUCUUUGUCGGUCAUGUCGAUACGCGUAACUCUGCUCGCUGUGAAUUUGCUCGGUACUUCAUUCUUGCCAUCUCGAUCGUGCUUUGUACUGUUAUCACCUUCAAGUUCGUGGCUGCCUUGCAAUUUGGAAAGAAGAACCUGCCUGAAAACUUGGACAAGUUCAUUAUUUGCCAAGUGCCUGCGUACACCGAAGAUGAAGACUCACUGCGCCGUGCUAUCGAUUCCAUGGCUCGCAUGCGUUAUGACGACAAGCGCAAACUUCUUUUGGUCAUUUGUGACGGUAUGAUCAUCGGUCAGGGCAACGACCGGCCCACUCCUCGCAUUGUUCUCGACAUUUUGGGUGUACCCGAAACUGUUGAUCCCGAGCCUCUCAGCUUUGAGAGUUUGGGUGAGGGUAUGAAGCAGCACAACAUGGCCAAGAUCUACUCGGGUCUCUACGAAGCUCAGGGUCACAUCGUUCCCUACUUGGUUGUGGUCAAGGUUGGUAAGCCCUCUGAGGUGUCUCGUCCGGGUAACCGUGGCAAGCGUGACUCCCAGAUGGUCCUCAUGCGCUUCCUCAAUCGCGUCCACUACAACAUGCCCAUGAGCCCAAUGGAGCUUGAGAUGCACCACCAGAUUCGGAAUAUUAUCGGUGUCAAUCCAACCUUCUACGAAUACAUUCUGCAAGUCGACGCCGAUACCGUGGUUGCACCAGAUUCUGCCACACGAUUUGUCUCCUCUUUCCUCUCGGAUACUCGUCUCAUCGGUGUUUGCGGAGAGACGGCUUUGUCCAAUGCCAAGACGUCUAUGGUCACGAUGAUUCAAGUUUACGAGUACUACAUUUCUCACAACCUGACAAAGGCGUUUGAGAGUCUAUUCGGUUCCGUCACUUGUUUGCCAGGUUGUUUCAGUAUGUACCGUAUCCGCUCAGCGGAGACCGGCAAGCCGCUUUUCGUCAGCAAGGAAAUCGUCGAAGCCUACUCGGAGAUUCGCGUGGAUACUCUGCACAUGAAGAAUCUGCUUCACCUCGGUGAGGAUCGCUACCUGACAACGCUUCUUCUCAAGCAUCACCCCAAGUUCAAGACCAAGUACAUCUUCAGAGCCCAUGCUUGGACUGUGGCACCUGAGAGCUUCGCUGUCUUCCUGUCCCAGCGUCGCCGAUGGAUCAACUCAACCGUUCACAAUCUGAUGGAAUUGAUUCCGCUGCAACAGCUGUGCGGUUUCUGCUGCUUCAGUAUGCGUUUCAUUGUCUUCGUCGAUCUUCUCAGUACCGUCAUCCAACCUGUCACCGUCGCUUACAUCAUUUACUUGAUCUAUUGGAUUAUCACGGACACAGGAAACCUGCCCUGGAUCUCCUUUGUCCUUCUCGGUGUCAUCUACGGUCUUCAAGCAUUCAUUUUCAUCAUCCGACGCAAGUGGGAGAUGAUUGGCUGGAUGCUGAUCUACAUGGGAGCUAUUCCUGUCUUCUCACUUGCCCUGCCCCUCUACUCCUUCUGGAACAUGGACGACUUCUCCUGGGGUAACACUCGUAUCAUCACCGGAGAAAAGGGCCGCAAGGUCGUCAUUUCCGACGAAGGCAAAUUCGACCCUGCCUCCAUUCCCAAGAAGCGUUGGGAGGAGUACCAGAACGAGCUUUGGGGAGCGGAGACUUCGCGCGACGACCGCUCCGAGGUCUCGGGCUACUCCUACGGCACCAACAUGGGUCCCUUCCAACACCAGCAAUACCAAUACCCCUACGCCAACUCUCGCACCGGCUCCCGCCCUGCCUCCCAGCUGGAUCUGCCACUCCUUAACUCAGGCUCGCGUCUUUCGGUGGCACCGUCUGAGAUGAUGAGCCGCCACAUGGACAUGGACAUGAGCAUGGAGGACUUGAGCCACCUGCCCCCGGACGACUCCAUCCUGAACGAGAUUCGCGAGAUUCUCCGCUCAGCCGACUUGAUGACGGUGACGAAAAAGAGCAUCAAGCAAGAGCUCGAGAGACGCUUCGGCGUGAACCUGGACCUCAAGCGGCCAUACAUCAACUCUGCUACUGAGGCUGUACUUUCGGGUCUGCUUUAA